UGUUCGCUCCGCCGCUAUUAAAGGCCCGCGCCGGCCGCUCCCGGCCUCCCUGUGGCCGCCCGCGUCCCCAGGAGGUCCUCCGGAACACGCGCUCCUGCGUCCGUCUCCUCCCCUCGCGGCGCGGCCAUCCCACCUCCUCGCCCCCGAUCGACCACUCGCCCUCCACGUACCACGCCCCACCCGCCGGCCUUUGACUCGUUGACCGCCAAGCGAGCGUGUGCGCCGCCAUGGAAGUACGCCGCAAGGUGCAGGGGUUCGGUUCCGCGGCGGCGGUCCCCCAGCCGCUGCCCCGGGCGGGUGGGGCGAGGGUGCAGGCGGGGGACGCGCUGCCGCUGCCGAUCCGACACACCAACCUGAUAUUCUCAGCGCUGUUCGCGGCUUCGCUGGCGUACCUGAUGCGGCGGUGGCGCGAGAAGAUCCGCUCCUCCACGCCGCUCCACGUCGUCGGGCUCGCCGAGAUGCUCGCUAUAUUCGGCCUCAUCGCCUCGCUCAUCUACCUCCUCAGCUUCUUCGGCAUCGCCUUCGUCCAGUCUAUCGUCUCGUCCAGCGACGAGGACGAGGACUUCCUCGUCGGGUCCGGGCCGGCCGGCGCGGCGCCGGCGCCGGUUCCGGCACCGUGCGCGCUUCUAGGGAGCCCCGCCUCCGCGCCUGAGCAAAUGCCGGAUGAGGACGAGGAAAUCGUGGCCUCGGUCGUCGCCGGGAAGAUCCCGUCGUACGUGCUGGAGACCAGGCUCGGCGACUGCCGCCGCGCCGCCGGCAUCCGGCGCGAGGCGGUGCGGCGGAUCACCGGGAGGCAGAUCGAGGGGCUCCCGCUGGAUGGCUUCGACUACGCGUCCAUUCUCGGCCAGUGCUGCGAGCUGCCAGUGGGGUACGUUCAGCUGCCGGUGGGCAUCGCCGGGCCGCUUCUGCUCGACGGGCAGAGGUUCUACGUGCCCAUGGCCACCACCGAGGGGUGCCUCGUCGCCAGCACCAACCGCGGCUGCAAGGCGAUCGCCGAAUCCGGCGGCGCCACCAGCGUCGUGCUCCGGGACGGCAUGACGCGCGCUCCCGUCGCCCGCCUCCCCACGGCGCGCCGCGCCGCCGAGCUCAAGGCAUUCCUGGAGGACCCCGCCAACUUCGACACGCUCUCCAUGGUCUUCAACAGGUCGAGUAGGUUCGCGAGGCUGCAGGGCGUGCAGUGCGCAAUGGCUGGGAGGAACCUGUUCAUGAGAUUUAGCUGCAGCACAGGGGACGCCAUGGGAAUGAACAUGGUCUCAAAGGGCGUGCAGAAUGUAUUGGAUUUCCUUCAUGACGACUUCCCGGAUAUGGAUGUUAUUAGCAUCUCAGGUAACUUUUGUUCUGACAAGAAGGCAGCUGCUGUGAAUUGGAUUGAGGGACGUGGAAAGUCUGUGGUUUGUGAGGCGGUAAUCAAGGAGGAAGUUGUGAAAAAGGUUCUAAAAACCAAUGUGCAGUCGCUAGUUGAACUGAACACGAUCAAGAAUCUUGCUGGCUCAGCUAUUGCUGGGGCUCUUGGGGGUUUCAACGCUCAUGCAAGCAAUAUUGUAACAGCCAUCUUCAUUGCCACUGGCCAGGAUCCUGCACAGAAUGUAGAAAGUUCUCACUGCAUCACUAUGUUGGAACCUGUAAAUGAUGGAAAAGACCUUCACAUCUCUGUCACCAUGCCGUCUAUUGAGGUGGGCACAGUUGGGGGAGGGACUCAGCUGGCCUCACAAGCUGCAUGCUUAGACCUGCUCAGCGUCAAAGGCGCAAACAGGGACUCCCCAGGAUCAAACGCAAGGCUCCUGGCCACCGUGGUGGCAGGUGGGGUUCUCGCCGGGGAGCUAUCCCUUUUGUCCGCUCUUGCCGCUGGCCAGCUGGUGAAGAGCCACAUGAAAUACAACAGAUCCAUCAAAGAUAUGUCCAAGGCCGCAUCUCAAUCCGAGAUUUUGAUCAUUGCAGAGGAAAUGGACAAAUCCAGAAAGUAAAAUACUGUCAAAUAAUUUCAUGCCCUGUGGAAAAGUAGAGGUGGGGAAGGUGGUUGUCAAAGGUUGAACCCAAGUGUCUUCCUCAAGAGGCAACAUCUAGUGAAUUGUGAACUGUUUGCAUGUGAAAUCGUCAAGACUGCAAAUAGGGCAAGUCCUUGUUCCAGAGGUUGACCUAUAUAUUUCUUGAUGCUGGUCGCCGGUCCAACUCAGUCAUGAAACCCGUCGUCCUCUGCGCUCUGACACUGGGGAAGCAAGUUAACCCCUUUGGUUUUGUUGUGUUCAUAAAGCUUUGAUUACCUUGGUGCAGAAAGUGUUGUAGUAGGUGCUGGUAGAUCUCUCCCCUUCCUUCAGGAAGCAGCUUGUGAACUUUCUUUUUUUUCCUUUCCAGCCUUGCAACUAUUUUCUUCGCUUUGUUUGAUUCUCUUUUCCUUAACUGAACCUUGUCGAAGUUGGUGAUGUGGUUUAAAAAAGAUGUGUGGCCCUCCAAA